CAUGGCAUCGCCUCCACAAGCCGCGGGCGCCUGAACGCGUCACUGCUUACCUAACCCAACCCGCCCAACGCCCCAACCAGAAACCGCCCACUGACGGGCGGACGCCGCCCGGCUCCGGCUCUCGGCUCCGGCUCCGCGAUCGAGGUCGAGGUCGAGGCCCACGCAGCAAUCUGGAGUAGCCUUCUGGAAAUUUCCACCAAUCCGAUUCCGAGCGGCAGAAGAUUUUCCCUUCUCCCGGCCACCAACCAACCAAACCCAAGCAAGCAGCCCCUGAGCCACCGCCGCCUCCGCCUCGGAUCACAAUUCACGCCUGGCAUGCGCCGCGCCGCCGCCCCCGCCGCCGCAGCCUGAGGAGGAGGAGGUGGAGGAGAAGGAGGCGGUGGUCUGGAGGGGAUGGAGGCGGGCGGCGGGGGAGCGUCCUCGCUGCCGCCCUUCCUGAGCAAGACGUACGAGAUGGUGGACGACCCGGCCACGGACGCCGUCGUGGCGUGGACGCCGCCGGGGACCAGCUUCGUCGUCGCCAACCAGGCAGAGUUCUGCAGGGAUCUGCUCCCCAAGUACUUCAAGCACAACAAUUUCUCCAGCUUCGUGCGGCAGCUAAACACCUACGGCUUUAGGAAAAUUGAUCCUGAACAAUGGGAGUUUGCAAAUGAGGAUUUCAUUAGGGGACAACAGCACCGACUGAAAAAUAUACACAGGCGCAAGCCUAUAUUCAGCCAUUCAUCGCACACUGGUUCUGGACCGUUAGCAGAUACUGAAAGGAGGGAUUAUGAGGAGGAGAUCGAAAGGCUUAAGUCUGACAAUGCAGCUCUCACCUCAGAGCUUGAAAACAAUGCACAAAAGAAACUUGUUACAGAGAAACGAAUGCAGGACCUAGAAGAUAAAUUGAUCUUUUUGGAGGAUCGGCAGAAGAAUCUGAUGGCAUAUGUCAGGGAUAUUGUACAAGCACCAGGAUUUUUAGCUAGCUUUGUGCAGCAACCUGAUCAUCAUGGAAAGAAAAGGAGACUACCAAUACCUAUUUCUCUCCACCAAGAUGCAAAUACUGAGGGGAACCAGAUUGUGCAUGGGGGCUUAACGGACCCACCGGCUUGCAGGGAAUCAUUUGACAAAAUGGAAUCUUCCUUGAACUCAUUGGAGAGUUUCCUUCGGGAAGCGAGUGAAGCAUUUAAUAUUUCAUAUGAUGAUGGUCUCCCUGGCCCUUCAUCUGCUGUUGUUAUCACGGAGCUCCAUUCAUCCGGAGAAAGUGAUCCCCAUGUACCAUCACCUGUGUCAAGGAUGCAUACAUCUUCAGCUGGUGCAGGUGAUUCGCUCUCUUCUCGUGAUGUAACAGGUUCAACUAGCUGCGCAGAAAGUCCUCCCCUCCCUCAAAUGCAGUCCUGUACAGAUCCACGAACUAAGGUGUCUGAGAUUGAUGUUAAUAUGGAGCCUGCUGUUACAGAAACUGGUCUAUCAAGGGACCAACCUGUCGAGGAGCCUCCUCAUGCAGCAACUGGGGUAAACGAUGGCUUUUGGCAGCAGUUCCUCACUGAGCAGCCUGGUUCUGAUGCACAUCAGGAGGCCCAAUCAGAAAGGCGAGAUGGAGAUGAUAAAGGCGAUCAGACGAGAAUAGGAGAUCGGGAAAAAUUUUGGUGGGGAAAGAAGAAUGUUGAACAGAUGACAGAAAAGCUGGGGCAUCUUACCUCGGUGGAGAAAACCUGACUGUUUGUAUUACUUGUAGUUGUAGGUGAAAAAACAGUUAGUACAGAAACACAUAGGACGUUGGUGCCUCUGACAUGUACUUUGCAGUGUAUCAUAUCUUCGCCACCUGCACCUGUUGACUGACAUCGAAUUUGUAGUCAUACUUUUUUCCCUUGUACUUUGGUCGUGUUAAGAAUGAUGCAGAGACUAGUUGAUAAUAUACUUUUGUUAGGAGUGCUGCAUUCAUACUUGGUCAGUAGACAUUUCUUGGUACUGCUGUCCACA